ACAUUUUUUUGUUUUUUAUAAACUGACAUUGCUGACAUCUGACAUUUGAUAAUCUGACAACACUGCUGACAACUAAGUUGCGAAUCGCCAUCGAAUCAGACAUCGAAUCUCGAAUCGCAAAGCAAAGAAUAAACAAAAGAGAAUGGCGUGUGAUGUGUGAUGUCAGUCCUAACCAAUAAUUAUGUUGAUUCUGAAUAUUUAAAAGAAUUAUCCACCUUUAAAGUGCAGUGUGAUGUGUUUAUUUCUACGUUAAUGUUGAGUGUAAAUGAUGUGUCUUAUUUAAUUAUCAAGCAUAACUUUUUAACUGAGCAUUUCCCGUGCUAGUUUUACAAUAUAAAUAAUAUAGUUAAAAAGUUGCUUUUUGCAAUUGUUAUGUCAUAACUAUAAAAUUAAAAACCGACAAAAGUUAGUGAUGAUUUUAAAUUUAGACUUAUGAAUCAUUAUUCGCGGACGUCCUCUGAUCAUACUACAUUAAUAGAUAUCAUCAAAACUCUGUAUUCUGUAUAUUUUACACAGCAUCUAGUUAAUAUUAAUUUUUGAAGCAAUACUGAAUUAAACUGAUCUCAUUUUAUCUAUGCAAUUUUAAUAAAUAUAAUUUUCUAAUAUGACAGUAACUUAUACUGGGGAAGUUGCUACUUGUAGGGGCCUAGGAUGCUUUUUAAAAUUGCUUGCAAGGUGGAGGGGAAGUAUCUACAAGCUUGUAUGGAUCGAUCUUAUAGUGUUUUUACUGAUAUAUUAUGGCUUAAAUUUAACAUACAGACUGUUAUUAGAUGAAACAGGCAAAGCAUUAUUUGAAACAAUAGUCAAAUAUUGUUAUGAUUAUGGUAGUUUAAUACCGCUUUCUUUUGUAUUGGGUUUCUAUGUUUCUGUAGUUAUGACAAGGUGGUGGAAUCAGUAUACCACAAUACCAUUUCCUGAUCCAUUGGCUGUGUUUGUUAGUGCCACUGUCCAUGGGCAAGAUGAAAGGGGUAGAGUAAUGCGUAGAACAAUAAUGCGCUAUGUGUGUCUUUCAGUAACAAUGACUUUCACAAUGAUAGCUCCAAGAGUUAAAAAGAGGUUUCCCACUUUGGAUCAUUUUGUCGAAGCUGGCUUGUUACAUGAAAGUGAAAAGGAUAUCAUGCUUGAUUUAAACAAGAAAUUCCCAAAAUAUUCUAAACAUUGGCUCCCUAUUGUAUGGGCCUCGAGUAUUAUAACAAGAGCAAGAAAAGAAGGCCGCAUCAGAGAUGAUUUUGCUGUCAAAACACUCAUAGAUGAGCUAAAUAAGUUUAGAGGCCAGUGUGGGUUACUUUUAAGUUAUGAUACCAUUAGUGUCCCUUUAGUGUAUACACAGGUGGUAACUUUGGCAGUAUACAGUUACUUCUUAACGACACUAAUGGGCCACCAAUGGGUGGGAGACAGCCGGUAUAGAUUCGAUUUGUAUUUCCCCGUUUUCACAACUCUUCAAUUUUUCUUCUACGUUGGCUGGCUCAAAGUGGCAGAGAGUUUGAUCAAUCCGUUUGGCGAUGACGAUGAUGAUUUCGAAGUCAACUGGAUGGUGGACAGGAAUCUCCAGGUAUCGUAUUUGAUAGUAGACGAGAUGCACCACGACCAUCCGGAACUAGUCAGAGAUCAGUAUUGGGACCAAGUGUUCCCUCAGGAACUGCCUUAUACUCCUGCGGCUGCAGCAGCCGAGUCUAUGAGAAAUACUCAUCCGUUACCAUCAACAGCUAAUAUAGCUGUCAAACCCGAGGAGCAAGGUGGUCGAUGUCGUGCCAAAAAAGAGCUUAUGUCUUCGUCUUUAAAAUUAGAUCCUACGUACAUAGGCGAUAAUAUGCAAGGUGGCCCUAUAACGUUUUCAGCUAAUAAACAACCCAGUUUCAAAAGCAGGAAAAAUUCUUCUAGUAGCUUAGCCAUGGGUGCCUCAGUUCCAGACUCAAUACCCAGGGUGGCAUCUGUCGUUUCCCUAACCAACAAACUGAAGCGGUUCUUCAGUCGUGACGAAAGCAAGGCCGAUUCGAGAGGCGAGAACAACAUUGAGGCCGGUCAAGAGAUGAACAACCUGAUCUUGAGCGACGAAAAAAAGUUCGGCACCAGUACCAAAGACAUCAAGCACGAGAUUAUCGAAGAAGUGGACGAGCAGAACACGAUUACGUCACAGAAACAGGGUGAUAAAGACGGUAGACCGACGGUGAUGGAGAUAUUUGGACCGCCUCCUUCGUCUAAGCCUAUCGACGUACCUCAGUCUAGCAGUUAUGCAAACCACUUUAGCAAUACAGAUGUUUAUGAACCCUACCCUCCCAUCUCCAGAUCUGCACCUAGCGGCGACGGGGUUGAUGAUGCAACUGACAACGUCAGCAUAGGUUCAGAGACUGAUGACGAGGAUGAGUUCGAAAUGUUGAAGAAACAACGAGACGAAGAACGACUCAGCAGGUUAAAAAAUAUGGCAAGAUCGUUGAGCAUUCAAAAAGACGAGGAUCCUGAAAGACAAUUACUACUGAGACGACAGACUUCAGUUUACACAUCUUCACCACCUUUGACGCCUUUAUAACGCUUAAAAAAAAUAAAUAAAUAAUUUAAUUUAUUAGUUUUCUACUUAUUAGGCAAGAACUUAAAUUUAAGGAUAAAAUACUCGACUUCAAUGUUAUAAAUAACUAUGCUUGUAAAAUGAUAUUGACGAUAGGAAAAUCGUUCAGUUGAUUUCAAGCGUAGUUAUAUACGAUUUUAUAGAAUGCGUAGACCAAUUAAUUUUACUAUUUAUUAAUGAUUUUCUACUAUAAAAAGUGAAUUUUAGAUUUUUCUUCUGGGAUAAAUCCACUAAAAUAAAUACAUAAAUAAGAUCUUAUCUUUUUUUAAAGCCACUCAUCUAAUAGUCUUAAAGUUAUCUAGUGGAAAGGUAAAUUGUAUUUAAUAUCAUUUUUUGCGACAGAGAUAAACAUAAAUGAUCAGUUGACAGACAGAGGGAGAAAAUAAAAAGCGGCAUACAGUGUUGCCGGUUUUUAAAAACUUUCAUGUGUACUACUGAAGUACGAGAAUAUAUCUGAACUAAAUAUAAUCUAUUACAGAGCUGUAGUAAAAUGAGUAACUAAUUGUGAAAAAUAACGUUCCAACCUUACAUGCAACGUUUUCCAUAAACGCCUACUCGUGUGAUUUGAAUUUUUGAUGCAAAAUCCGGCAAUACCGCAUAUAAGAAAUGUAUCAACCCAACUUUUAUCUCUUUUUAAUACAUUUGAUUUUCCAUUAAGUUGUCUACAUCUCUGUCUUAGACGUUAAAGUCCAGACCACACUUCUAAAAUGACCAAAUCGGUAUGUAAAAUUAUAGGAAUACCAUCAGUUGUUUCAACUCAUUUCCAAGUCAACUUGACAGAAUUUUUUUUCACUCAUAAUGUACUUCAGAAUAAAUAUGUUUUAAUGGUGAUAUUCCCAGAAAAAUUAAUUUCAAUAAACUCUAACAAAGAUAAUCAGUCAAACUCGAAAACAGUAUUUUUAGCUAUAUUUUAUGUAUGCAAUUGUUUAUCAAUAUAGUCCGUCCAGCAGAAGAAUGUUUGACAGUGACAGUUGUUUAAAGUAUUUUAAUUCAAAAGUAAUCUGUCGAAAUCAAAUAUUCCUUGGCUGUACAGACUAUACAUUGAAUUUUAGCACUUAUAUUAGAGUAAGUAAUUUUUACAUAGGUAUACCAACAACACGUGAGUAUAUCGAAGUAAUAAAAAUUUGAUAAUAAUAUAAAAAGCUUUAAAAAUGUAUAUUGAUAAUAACUAAAUACCGUGUGGUCUCAAGUGGCUCAUCCCUAUAACUUUUUUAUUCUUUCAGAUUAAAGAACGAGAUUUGGCAUGUUAUUAUAUGAUAUAAAUUAGGAUUGAUUGACGUAUUCAAUUGUU